AUAUAGGUUUCCUUUGCAGUUUAAAUUACCUGAUAAGCUAAAAUUAGAAUUCAUCCAGGUGUAACAAAUCAAUGACGGAAAAUGUUGACGACAUUUUAUCUAGCUCUUUGCUGUCUGCCGCUGGUCUGUGAAGCAAGGACAUAUUGCUACAGUUAUUCCUCGUAUGGCUACUCAUCAUACAUUUGUAGCUAUUAUCUAUCAACAGCAGACAGAUUUGGGAUUGCCUAUGGAACUGUGGUAGGGAUUGGACUAGUAGUGUCAAUAAUUAUUUUCGUUGCCUGUAAAAUGAGACAGAAGAGAAGGCCACCCAACCAAGCUAUACUUCUACAAGGUUAUCCGAGGGUGGCUUACGCUCAGUUAGGACAGCAAGUCUUAUUUGCUCCACAAGCGGGGCUCAUUCCAACAGCAGCACCACAAGGUGCCAUUACCAACCCUGCAUUACCAGUAACGAGCCGACAGCCAGCAACAUCUCAUAAUACCAUAACCAACCCUGUAUCUACCCCGACCAAUCAACAGCACCAGGCACAGAGAACGGGUACAGCUGAUACACACAGAGUGGGGGCGGAAGGAAUAACAGUCAGGUUACCCGAGACAGAAAAAGAAGAGGGCAAAACAGACGACCCACCGCCAUAUACUGUCUAGUGUACUUGAACUACAUAAAGGGAAAAAAAAAUCUUAUUUUCAUUGACUCUUAUUAUAUCUCAUUAUAUACAUGUAUAUUCAAAAAGAGUAUUUUUCAUGCAGAAUUUUUAACAACUCGUCAUUACAUUGUUUAUUUUAACAUUUCUUUUGUACAGAAUGUCUAA